AUGGCUGAUGAGUUGGGAGAUGCCGCCCGAUCCGGGAAUGUCCAGAAGGUCAAAGUUCAGAAUGCCUGCGUCGGGGCCGCGCUUGCAAAGGAGGCUGAGUGCGUGGCAGCAUUCCUCGAAGCUGGCGCUCCGCUAACUUGCUCGGAUAAAGAGGGGCGCCGGCUCCUCCCUGCCUGCUGCCGAAGCAACUUGGCAGAGUCCAUUGCACUGCUGGUCUCCUUGCGUGCAGACGUGUCCAAGCCUGAUGGGGAUGGAUCGCUACCAAUGUCCCUGGCGAUCCAGAACAAAUCAAUGAGCUGCGUGAAGGAGCUUCUACGUGGGGGCGCUCAGCCACCCGCCAACGCAGACAUGCCGGGCUUGGCCAAUCUCAUGCUUGAGGUGCAAUUCGAGCAGUGCGAGCAGGAGAUUCGGCCACUGGCAAACGAACAGGUAGACCCAGCGCAGCUCAUUGAAGCUGAGCGGGUCGUCCUUGAGGGCAUGGAGGACCACAAGCGAUUGAUCAAGCGUCACGAGGACACGCGGGCUGCAAAGAGCCUCGCCGAGCUCGAGAGGCAGAUUGCAGAGGCUCAGGCGAAGCUGGAUGCUACCAAGCUAUCCUCU